AUGGCCAAGCCUUUCUCUUGGGACUUCGAGCCCAGAAACGUCGCCUUCAAGCUUCAACUGCAGGCUAGCUUUCAUCCGUCAGUCGGUGGAUGUUCCGUAUCGCUGCCCUUCUUGGGUGCUAAUGGAGAUCUCGCGGCUCCGGUAGCAGUGUCGUUGAGUUCUGGCGAGACCAGGCAGCGCCAGGCCGGUCCAGGUGGGCGCAGUGCGCAAACGGCAAGUGUUGAGAAGGACCUGGGAAGCUUUAAUGUCACCUUCGACUUCGUGAAAGGCAUCCAGCAAGCCAAGCUGCCCAUCACUGUUGCGUUGGAAGGCGGCCGGGAGAUUGCCAGCCAGGCCAGGAUAUGCCUGGGACCACUUCUUCUUACCGGAAGCAAGGCAUUGAGUCCGGAGCUUUACCACCCUGGAGAGCCGCCGAGGUCAAAACGGCUUCGCCCGCGCAACGCGGUGGCAGCUACCUUUACAGAUUCGCUCGGCGUUGCUGGGCUUUACAGCUUGGAUGUGCUUGUGCUGAUGGACAAGCCACUGUUAAGCGAGGAGAUGCUUCAGCGCCUCAUGCCCGCGUGCUUUCGGGUAGAAAUGGUCCGCGGCUUGCCAAACGAGCAAUGGCUGCCUCAGCAGUGCGAGGCUGUCCAUGUCGAGAUUUACCCGAAGUUGAGCAGCGCAUCGCAAGUCUUGAGCGAGACGUGCCCGCGCAUGAGCUCGGAGAGCAGGCCGCACAACACAACAGCCGAUUUCAGCGAACCGGUUGUGUGGCUGCUUGGACUUGCAUCGCCCCAUGCCUUGCGUGAGUGGAUGCAACACGAAGGUCUUGUCGUGGAGGUGCAUGAUCGUGACCCGAAACAGCAGAAGGCGGAAAACCCAGGUCAGGACAGUAUCCCCAGAAUGCAGCCCAUUCAUGGCCACGGAGUUGCCCGCUUUCCCUUGGGACCUUUGCUGCAGUCAGAGACGCUGGAGUUGUCCUUGCGGGCUGAUGUUUGCCCAAGUCGUGGGAACAAGAAAAAACGCCGGGCCGAAGCUUUGAGUGUGGACAGCCUUCAUGCAUCGGGGCUUUUGGACGAAGAAGGUCGGCAAAAAAUCGCGAGAAGAGAAGGCUUGAGCAAGCGUGAAGACACGACGAACUACCACUCUCUUGGAACUGUAUGCACGCUUCGAGCAGCACUAGCCGUCCCAGUCCCGCUGCACAACCACAUUCAAGAAGAGGAGGAGGAGGUGCACCGAAGACAUUGGGAAGCUACCGAGAAAGCAGACGGAAGUGUCUUCACUGCAAAGUCGCUCGGUGAUUCCCCCACCGCCGUGACGACUCAGUGGGCACCGAAGGGGACUCCGAGUCGCGCGAAGGUUGGUGAUGUGGCAGGGCCCUGGCGCAGAAGUGCAGAAGAGGCCGCAGAGGAUGAGACGAAGCUCUUGGAGGCUGAGGAUGCACAGGCUACCUCGCUGGAGCUGACUCAGGCCGUGCUGCCGGGUGCGCUAGGUGGUCUGGACUGUCGCUUCGAGCGCUAUGGUCGCAUCUUUCUCCUCUGCUCUGAGGCCAACGACGGAGAGGUUACAAGAGCAGUUUUGACUUGCUUCCACGAGCUCAAUGCUGCUCUUCUAGGACUUCGUCCACAGGACGGCGAGUUCUUGUUGCGAGAGUUGUCAUGCGAGGAGCAAGCCGACCCUCAUUUGGAUUUGCUGUCCGGCUUCUGUGUGCUUGACGGGCGCUCACGGCUCUUUGUCAUAGAAGGUCUGCGCGAGGGCCAUUCGUUCUCAAAGCUUCUCGAGAUGAUCCCUCGUGGACCUGAUGCACCAAAGCUGCUGCACAACACCGCAAUUGGAUUCGGGGAGAGGCUCUACAUCAGUUUCGGCCCGAGGCUGAAGCAGGUGAAGCUGCGAGGAACCUUGGAGAGAUUGUCCUUCAGGCCAGCGCUGUACUCCUGGAAUAAAUCUGUGUCUACUGAAGAUGCCGCUGCGAAUGAAGUGCCGAAGCAACUCAUGGCUUUGAAAAGCCUGAACCGACUUCGUGGCGCUCGAGAGACUCCACACUUUCCAAAGGCAGCACAAAUCGAGCAUUUGCAGCGACUUUAUGGUGCAUACAUCAGCGACAGAGAGCUGGAGGGCUUCCCUGCGGAAGAAGCCAUCAUCGUCAAGAAAAGGGCAGCCCCUGCGGGCCCCGGCGAUCGGCGAACCUCAGUUGCACCGCACGAAGCAACAAGAGAUGUCCUGGCAGAGGCAGUGACCUCUGGUCAGCUGGGCAGCGGAGGCACGGUGCGUUUCCAGACGCGGUCGACUCUCAAGGAGAAGUUAGACCAGACGAAUGCACACUACGAGGAGCAUGCGGAACUACGCAAGAGCGCUUCCGUGCAAAAUUUUCAGAAGACGAACAAGACGCUGGUGCGAGUGCAGUCGGAGCAAAAUAUUCGCCGGAACGACCUUCUGGGGAAGAAGCGUGAACGGGAAACUCCUUUCCUCGAGGGUCAGGUUUAUCUGUACUCCAGCCAGAAGCUGAACAGCGCAGAGCUGCAGAAGGAAUGGCUCCGAAAGCACAUGGCCGGCCACGAAUCUGAGAAGGUCUGGACCUACAAUCCCACGUACAUGUCCCAGAACUUCGAGUUCGCUGGCGCUGCACCACCCGGGGUGCCAAAGCCUCCACCACCACGCCCGAACGACACCUACGCGCGAUUGGAAGGAGAUGACAGAGAGGUAUUUCGCAUUGUUCAAGCCCGGCAGCGCGAAGCUUUUCGAAAGCCGCCUCGUGAUUUGGAUCAAUCCACCGUGGAGUUGUUGCACGAGCCCUUCGAAGAGGGCGAGUGGUUCCGCAUUGAUUUGGGCGAAGAAAGGACGCGGCCCGUCGCUGUGGUGGAGACUUUCGAGCCGGGGAAGGUUCCACACAACCGUCGCUACACCUCCACGCCCUUUGAUCCCCAGCAUAUGCUGAUGGGACAAGAGCAUGACUUCGGACCCAAGUCUCUUUACGAGAGUGUCCACUACCAUGGCCGGCGACCUGACGAAGAUCGUCAGGAGCAAUACCUGGAACACAACAUCAAGGAAAUGGAGGCAGCUGCUUCAAAGAUCCGCUACCACCACGAAAUGAAGACUUUCACGCAAGGAAUCAGCAGAACGGGGGUGACCGAUCUGGACCGGAGUGAGCGGGUUCUCAAGGAUGCUCCAUCGUACCCUAUGCGAGGCCGCGUAGAUGGCCGGCUUCCGGAAAGCAUGCGAACCAUGGAGCCUUUCCAUGAGCUGGGUCGCCCCGACCUGGAGUGGCAUGCCCGCUUGCGCGAAAACGAUGACACGGCCCCGCUCGAUGUCUUCACUGGGGCACACAUAAAGCGGGACCCAGAAGCCGGUACUGGUGCCAAGCGGUCCUGCAUGAGCGGAUCGCUGACAAAGGCACCAUGGCGACAUGAAGGCACCAUCAAGUCCCUCGCUGCGGCGAGCAGCAAGUCGGUGAGCUAUGUCAGUGCUCACAAUUUCAAUGCGGCUAGCAAGCCACCACAGUCACGCUUCUGCGAGGACCAGCUCUGGAAGAGCGCAUCUCGCAUGGGUAUCACCGGGAAAGAGCGCAGCGAAGCGCUCCAGUACAGACGGCCUCAACACUAUGGCGUGCACCUCUGA